CAAGUUACUGCCCCCUUUUUGCUCGCCAAGCAUCGACUCUUUAUAAAGCCCCUGGAUCUGUCCUUGCCAUGACCUGCCCGACCCCAGCUUGCCCGCUCCCACCGAGGGCUUCCCACCGACCACGAUUCUCAAGCCGAAUACGGAAUACAGUAUCCCUUUGCCGGAGAUCCACCCCCUGCCUCUGUCUCAGCAUCACGCCCCAGUCCCUUGCAAGCAUACAGACACAAUGGUCACCCUCGAGCAGAUGCGGUUGUCCAACUCCAAGAUCGGCACGGCCCUUCCGCCGGGCCUGGUCGCCGUCUUCGCCGGCGCCACCAGCGGCAUCGGUGAGGCGUCGUUGAAGCAGUUUACCAAGCUGGCCGUCAAGCCGCGGAUCUACUUUCUCGGGCGGUCCAAGGAGUCCGGCAACCGCAUCUGCGGCGAGCUGCAGAAGCUGAACCCCGGCGGCGAGUACAACUUCAUCAGCGUCGACGUCAGCUCGCUGCGCGCCGUCGACGACGUCUGCCGCGAGCUCAAGGCCAAGGAAUCCGCCAUCAACCUGCUCUUCCUCAGCACGGGCACAUUUGUGACCGGGAAGGACAGCGACGAAGGCCUGAACUACCCCGUGGCCGUCGCCUUCUACGCCCGCCUCCGGCUGAUCGUCAACCUGCUGCCUUUACUCCAAUCGGCCACGCACCUGCGGCGCGUCCUGACGGUGCUGGCGGGGACCAAGGAAGGGCGCGUCGACACGACCGACUUCCAGGGCCGGCGCACGAGCUUCUUCACGCCGCGCGCGCGGGGCCACUUCACGGCCAUGACGACGCUCGCGCUCGAGGCCGUCGCCGCGCGCCGCGCUGCGCCCGACGUCUCCUUCGUCCACUGCUACCCGGGCUUUGUCAAGACGAACCUGGGCCGCGACGUCACGGGCGCCGGCGCCGCGGUGCUCCGCGCCCUGUUCGCGCUGGUGGCGUUCGUCGUGGGGCCGUUCGUCGCCGUGCCGCUGGACGAGUGCGGCGAGAGGCACGUGUUUCUGGCCACGAGCGCGCGGUUUCCGCCGGCGGCGGCGGCGGCGGGAGGAGCCGGUGGUGGUGGUGGUGAUGGCGUGCCGCUGCCGGCGGGCGUUGCGGUGGCGCGGGCCGCGGACGGCAAGACCGGCGGCGGCGUGUACUCGGUCGACCACCAUGCGGAGAGCGCGCCGGCCAGGGUGGAGGCGCUGCUGAACGGGAUGAGGAAGGACGGCACGGCGGAGAAGGUGUGGGCGCAUGUCGAGGAAGAGUUCGUGCGCAUUACGGGGGUGCCGGCGGUGUAAUCAGGCUGACUUCGGCGGGCACGGCUCUGCUGCAGGCUGCAUGGCGAGAUUGCGCGGGAGGAAGAGGGUCGGAUUUUCUCUUUCUUUCCUUCUUCGACCUUGCCUUUCUUUAAGUUCUUUUUUCUUUUUCCUUUCCGCGCUCCACUGCGGGCUGAGCACUCCAGCAUGG